UUCAACGUCUGCACAGACAUGCAGUAUGAUUUACUGUCGAAUGUCCUGCUCACGAUGCUCGAGCUGCCCGGCGUAAAGAAGACCGACGUGCACAUCACCCUCGCGACCUGUCCCUACAGCCGCGCAAAGCUGCUCACGGUAUCGGGAACCUCGCGGCAGUUGCUUUCACCCGAUCGUGGGCACACGGUGUGUGAGCGCAAGUCUGGUGAGUUCGUGAGGAGCAUCGCCGUCCCGCCUGAGACUUCAAUUCAGGAUGUUCAUGCGAUCAUGGAAGAUGGUAUCCUGAUCUUGAGAAUUCCGUGUGGUCGAGCUGUGCAUGCAGAACUGCCACAGGAUGUGCCGAUCGCAUGA